AUGUUCGCUGUUCAACGUUAUAGCACACGUCUUCGUCGGUAUUUUCGUCGAUAUCAACUACUCUUCCACAAACGACCGAAAUUGCGUCAAAUUUCAAGAAUUUUUCUCAUUCUUAUUGCUGGUUUUUUAAUUAUUAAUAUUAUCAACGGUGUACUUUUCACCACAAUCCUAUUUUUCCAAGAAGAUAUUCACGAGCCUGAUUAUGAUCUUGACACACGUCCAUACUAUAAGACAAUCGAAUUGAAAAAGCGUUUCGAUAGCUCGGGCAACUACCUAAUCGUCCAAAAUUUUGUCCAAUUUCAAAGCAAUCUAACUAAAAAUGCUCACCUACUAGCGUUAAACUUACAUACAAACAUUCAAAAUCUUCAUUCAUUACUAAAUCACACGAAAGUUUGGGAUGGUCCUAUCUCAUUAAGUUUAUAUAUUAAAGGUGCUCGGGCUAGUGAUGAUAUUGACUACGCAUCGAUUUGGCUUCGAUGUAAUCGAAGAUUAUUUAAAGUACUCAACGUACAUUUAAUUAUGUCAGCAAAAGCUUAUGAACGUUCAAUUUCUAAUCAGCACAAUACACAUAGUGUCAAAUAUGCUGUUAGUUGUCAAAAUAUCAAGUACAUCAAUCAUACUGAUGAAACAGAUUCUACUAUAUAUCCAUCGAAUCUUCUUCGUAAUGUUGCUCGUACUGGUACAACACCAACGACUGUUCAAUAUAUCCUUACACUUGAUAUUGAUAUCUAUCCUGCUCCCGAUCUAUUUCACCAUCUUGUUUCAUUUUAUACACAGAUAAAAACGACGGAAGAAUUCAACCGCACACUCUAUGUCAUUCCCUCUUUUGAAAUCCAUCUCGAUGCGGUGAAAAACUCUGCUCCACUACCACAGAAUAAGAAUGAAUUGAUUCUAUUAUGGAAUGAUCAACAUUUGCAACCAUUUCAAGCUGAUGUCUGUCCAACUUGUCAAUUUCUAACAAAUUAUCAAGCAUGGAAACAAGAAGCAAGUAAUGACAAGAUUGUUCCUCUCUUUCGGCCACACUAUGCACAGCCGUGGCAACCGUACUAUGUUGGACCCAAAGAUGCGCCUACAUACGAUGCACGGUUCAAGGCACAUGCACACGCUCGUAUCAGUCAAUGCUGUGAAAGUUAUGUGGCUGGUUAUGAUUUUGUGGUAUUGAACAAUAUUUAUCUAUAUCGAUUAGGUUUUCUCGAUAAAAGUCAAUUGCCAAACACGGAGUUGAUCGAUGACGACACGUCCAUGCUGUUAUUUGAUCAGUUUCGAGAAGAUCUUGCUAAACAUUAUGUAAAUUCCACAAGAAAAUGUUGA